CGGCGCGACUGUCAGCUGAGCAGCGCUGGGUGGGGUCGCGAGGCUGCGCGUCCGCCAGAGGCUCCGCAGCCCCCGCCGCCGCCGCCCCCGGCCGGUCCCCUGGUCGGCGUCUGCAUCCGGGUCCAGAGCCCUCUCCCAGCGGCAACGAUGCCGAGGAGGCAGUGACACCGAGGGAGGCCGGAGCCCGGGCACCGGGAACUGCUGCCAUGUCCCACCAACCAGUUAGCUGCCUGACUGAAAAGGGGGACAGCCCCAAUGAAACCACAGGAAAUGGACCCCCCAAUCUGGCUCACCCGAACCUGGACGCGUUCACCCCACAUGAGCUGCUGCAGCAGAUGAGAGAGCUUCUAAGGGAGAACCAUCAGCUGAAGGAGGCCAUGAAGCUGAACAAUCAAGCUAUGAAAGGGCGAUUUGAGGAGCUCUCAGCCUGGACAGAAAAACAGAAAGAAGAACGCCUGUUCUCUGAGGCCCAGAGCAAAGAAGCCAAAGAGCGCCUCGCGGCGAUGAGUCUUGAAAAUGAAAAACUGAAGCAAGAACUUGGAAAACUAAGAGGGAAAGCUGAAAGGUCAUUCGAGGUCCCCAAGGCAGAAGCAGAACAGGAAGUGGAACAGCUGAAGACCCAGGUGGCACGCCUUCAAGCUGAAAAGGUCGAUCUGCUGGGCAUCGUGUCUGAAUUACAACUCAAGCUGCUGAACUCAGGUGGCCCCUCCGAAGACUCCUUUGUUGAAAUCAGGAUGGCUGAGGGAGAAGCAGGUGUGGCAACGAAAGAAAUCAAGCCAAGUCCUGGGCCCACAAGAACUGAUUCCAUUGACACGAGUAAAUCUGCAGAAGGUGCCAGGAAUUAUUUGGAAUUUGAGGAAUUAACUGUGAGCCAGCUCCUGCUUUGUCUAAGGGAAGGAAACCAGAAGGUGGAGAGACUUGAACUUGCCCUCAAGGAAGCCAAAGAAAGAAUUUCUGAUUUUGAAAAGAAAGCGAAGGAUCAUUGUGAGAUUGAGACCCAGACAGAGGGGUGCACAGAACAAGAGAAAGAAGAGGAGAAAGGCACAGAAACUGUUGGAAGUGAAGUGGAAACGUUGAAACUUCAGGUGACAACCCUGUUUAAGGAGCUUCAGGAGGCUCACACGAAACUCAGUGAGGCUGAGCUAAUGAAGAAGAGACUUCAGGAAAAAUGUCAGGCCCUUGAAAGGAAAAAUUCUGCAGCCCCAUCAGAGCUGAAUGAAAAGCAAGAGCUUGUUUAUAAUAACAGAAAGUUAGAGCUCCAAGUAGAAAGCAUGCGAUCAGAAAUCAAAAUGGAGCAAGCAAAAACGGAAGAUGAAAAGUCCAAAUUAGCCACUCUACAGUUGACACACAACAGGCUUCUUCAAGAAUACAAUAAUGCACUGAAAACAACUGAGGAACUAAAAAGAAGAGAGUUGGAAAAAGUGGAUAAGGUGGUGCUGCAGGAACUGAGUGGAAAGCUGGAACUGGCAGAGAAAGCCCUGGCUUCCAAGCAGCUCCAAAUGGAUGAGAUGAAGCAGACCAUCGCCAAGCAGGAGAAGGACCUGGAAACCAUGGCUGUUCUCAGGGCUCAGAUGGAGGUUUAUUGUUCUGACUUUCAUGCUGAAAGAGCAGCAAGAGAGAAGAUUCAUGAAGAAAAGGAGCAACUGGCAUUGCAGCUGGCAAUUUUGCUGAAAGAGAAUAAUGCUUUUGAAGAUGGAGGCAGCAGGCAGUCCCUGAUGGAAAUGCAGAGCCGUCAUGGGGCGAGAGCAAGUGACGCUGACCAGCAGGCUUAUCUCGUUCAAAGAGGAGCUGAGGAUAGAAACUGGAUGCAGCAGGAACAACAGAAUAUUCCAAUUCAUUCUUGCCCCAAAUGUGGAGAAGUUCUGCCCGACAUAGAUACACUACUGAUUCAUGUUACGGACUGCAUCAUUUAAGUGUUGACCUUUCACCUCCCCCAAACUGUUGGUAAAUGUCAGAUUUUUUCCUCCAA